AUGACAGCACAACUUUUACCGUCAGUCAUCGCAGGCCCAUUCAGCAGAAUUUUCAGUACAGAACCAGGUAUCUUGGGUGGCUCAGACUCAUCUUAUCCUGGUCCUUCCGUGGCUUCUUCGACCGCUUUAUCUCCUUUCGUCAUUCAUCAAGACCUCCAGAUCUCCUCUGCUUCUAUUCCAUCUGUUGCAUCGGCACCGGUGCCGACAAACGAUGAAAAUCGAGACCCGUUACUCUUCAGUGAUAACCCUUCGACGGCCUUUCGAUCCUUUUCUGCCAGGCUCGCAUCUGAAGCACCGAAGCUAUAUCCCUCAAGUAUCGACGUGGCAGCCCCGCGGAACGCCUUUUCGAGCCGGGACCGCUGCCUCAACCCGUCUCAGAAGUCGUCUGCUAAGCCGAAAAGUCCUCAACCAUUGACCGAGUUGGUGAACGAAAAGAAACGCAGAGCAUGCGUACCAAAGCGUACGAAACAAAAGACUCCAGCGCAUUCCGGAAGUGAUGUCUCCUCACCAACAAGCUUGCCGUUCACACCGGUGAAGGGAUCAACAACUACAGACACUAUAUCCACUGAAGAGACGGAAACAUGGCUUGGCUCCGUUGAUCCAUUGGGUGAACCAUCACACGAUCAUCAGAGCUCUUUGCUCCCAGUUCGAUCUGAGAACGCGCCAGCAUCCAUGGUUCUACAUCCAGCCUGCCACAGAAAACGACUUUCUGUUGCGUCGUCUGCAUUCGUACACACUAUGAAGACAGCAAGCGUGAGCAAUUCAAGUUUCACAAAUGUUCCUCGAUCUUUUAGAUUCGGUAGGUCGACAGAUAGCUAUGGAAUUUUCGGUUCCCAUGCCCGGCUGUCAACGGACAGCGACCGCCCUGCUACGAGUGCCUCCAUGGAUGAAGCUGCCUUUCGCAGAGGUAUGAAGAGAAGGCAGAUACUGGCUGAAUUAAUGGCUACGGAAGAAAGCUACAUCGCCGAUCUCAAGGCCCUUAUCUACCUCUAUUCAACUUUGCUGGCGUCUGCCAUGACCAUAUCGAACAGGACCAGGUCUUCCAUCUUGAGAAAUGUACACGAUCUUCUGCAUACGCACGAGCGACUGUUAGAGACCCUUCACCAGGCCGCUUACGAGGCUGCGGUGCGCAAGUGGGCAGACACCACUUCACCCCGGGACCUCGGCUCCCCUCGCCGACACAGACGCUGGCGAAGUAUGGAAUCAAAUGCCCUUUUCAAGCUCGGUCGAGGUCACAGGCAUACAAGUAGUUCUGUGGAUUCUUCAGAAAUCGGUCGUGGUCGGACUUACCUAGGAUGUGCUGAGCCAAGAGACGUGUCCGACAUGGCAGCCGUCUUUGCAGAGUUCUUGAGUGACUUCUUCCUCUAUGAAGAAUAUUGCGCCAAUCACAGCCUCAUUGCACACGAACUGCAAAGGCAUGCGCCUACUCUGUGGUCAACGUAUGAGUCAGGCCUCGAGUCACUGUCCAGGUCGCUCGUAGCCCUCAACUCCAAGCAGCAGCAUGAGAGGAAGGGUCUCACCGUGGGCGAUCUUCUGAUCAAGCCUAUUCAGCGUGUGACCAAGUACCCGCUACUCUUUGACGACCUCCUCAGGCAUACUCCGGUCGCAGACUGCCCAAGUGCUCACUCUCAAGUCGAAGAGACCUUGAAAUGCUUGAGGACAAUUGUUCAGUCGGUGAACCAAGCAACAGAUAAUCAUGAGACCCGAGCUCAGGUGCAGCGUCGAUGGUCAGUCCAAUCGAGACUGAUUUACGGAACGAUAUCAAUGAGACCUGAACAUUUUCGACUGUUGGGUAACAUUCAACUUUGUGGCGUAUUGCAUGUUACUUGGCAGACAAAGAGCCGAAUUGAUGGCUGCUAUGCUCUUUGCAUAUUGUUCGAGAACAGUCUGAUGGUGGCCUUGCCUGCCGGGGCGACCCCAUCUUUCGAGGUCGUAGCCGUGCUGCAUGAUUACGACCUGACUGUCGGCUCGUCAAGCGAUGGCCGGGGCCUUCAAUGUCAUUCCACCUUGCACACUUGGAAGAUCUGCUUCGGGGUCAGUGGGCAUCUUCACGAAUUCAUCUUCAGCGCAUGCUCCUCUGCGGAAGAGCAAGCUUGGAAAAAUGGUAUGCAGAGCAAAGAACCCCCUAGUAGAAGAACAGAAGAACGCUUAGUCGAGCUGCCUUCAUGCGUCGGCCUUGAGCUGAGGUCUAUUGGCAUGGUCUACGGCCAACAAACCCACACACUGGCCAGACAUCCCUCGGUCCAAAGAGCGGCCACGAUUGGAAAUCGAGCCAAUGUUUGCCAGGUCAUCAUACGCAACACUCACAACGCACAAGAUCUACACGAGUUCCGCCAGCCGAUACCUGCUGCUAUUAACCGAUCACAGUCUCACAUGACAUCCAACCGCAUCGCGGUAUUGUCGCCGAAACGGUCAGAACGUGCAAGGCUUGAGGCAAGUCUUAGCGACAUCUGGACCAAAGACAGAUUGCCAUAUCCUGGGAUGAUCGGAUCUCGCGGAGGCCAAAUCAUUCGGGCUUCGGCAGGAUCAUUGGUGCGCAAGCUGAGUUUGGCAUCAAUUCACGCUCCGUUUUCACGGCGCUCUGGAAGUAUGUCACUUGCCAGUCGCAAAUCAUAUGAAGCAUUCACAGACGCUAGUCGGAGCAGGUCGAAACAGUCGGCACCCAUCUUCGAGGUGCGGAAAGACAGCUUUGAUGAGUCCACGGCUGCGCGGAAGAAAUCGCAUGAUGUGCCGGAACUUGAUACCAUGGAUAAUGUGGUCGCACGGAUGAUAGGGAGCGGAACAAAGAGGAUCUCGUUCGCCCACGGCGACAACAGCUUGCCAAGCAGAACGUCGAAGACCAAGCGGCCUGUUCAGGAACCUAUGCCAGAGGUAGGCCCGGAGGAUCCUGCAGAAGUGUUUUAUUCGGAAGAUAAAGAACCACCAGAAAAGCAUGAAAUAGUCGAGGAAGGGUUGGCAGGUAGGAAGAAGCGAUGGAGCAAUCCUCUUGGGAUAUUGAAGGGCUUGUCGGCUGAAGGCUUUCGCAACAUCUUGCAUUCAACCAAAUAGACGACAGGAUUGUAGGGGUAGAAGAUGAAAACAGCAAUAGAUGAAGACGCGUUCUUUCAUGUCUAGUCAAG